GGCGCCCGCCUGCUCGCGCGUCCCCGCGCCUGGCAGGGAGGAGCGCCGCCGCGGGGGCGCGCCCCGUGACUCCGCCCCCACUCCCCUCCCCUCAGCCCGGGUGCCCGGCUCCCGCUGCUCGGUGCGAGGAGACCCGGGACUCCACGCCCGCCCCAGCUCCCCCUCCCCGGCGCGCGUGGCGCCGCGCCCUCCCGCCGCCCGGCCCGGUGUAUGGAGGGGCCUGUUCGGAUCGCCGCAGCCGCCGCCCGCGCGCGGGGAUGACCUGGGGGUGGCUUUUGGAGCCGGCUACCGCGCAGGAGGUCUGGGGGCUUACCCGGCCCCGCCGAGAGUGAGUGAAGGCCUGGGUUUUCUCUGGAAAUCUGUCCUACCUGCUUCUAUAAUCGGGCGCUAUGCAUCCAGAUCUUGGACCCUUACAGACACUACUGUAUGUUAUUCUUACGAUUCUGUGUUCUUCUGUGGUUUCAGACUUGGCACCUUACUUUAUUUCUGAGCCACUUUCUACUGACCAGCAGCUUGGUGGACCUGUAAUACUACAUUGUUCUGCUAAACCCUUGACUGCUCACAUCUCCUGGUUGCAUAAUGGAAAAAGAUUGGGUAGAAAUGUGGAACAGAUUAAGAUUCAUCAGGGAACUUUGACGAUUCUUUCUCUUAACCCCUCCCUUUCGGGUUAUUACCAGUGCAUUGCCAACAAUAGCAUCGGUGCAAUUUUAAGUGGCCCUGCAACAGUAUCCAUUGCAGUUCUUGGUGAUUUUGAUUCAUCCGCAAAGCAUGUUAUUACAGCAGAAGAAAAAAGCACUGGUUUCAUUGGCUGCCAGGUACCAGCUAGUAACCCCAAAGCCGAGGUGCGCUAUAAGAUCCGGGGAAGGUGGCUGAAACAUUCCACAGGGAAUUAUGUAAUCCUUCCAUCAGGAAACCUUCAGAUUUUGAACGUGUCCUCAGAAGACAAAGGAGUAUACAAAUGUGCAGCUUAUAAUCCUAUCACCAAUGAAUUAAAAGUUGAACCUGUUGGCCAGAAGCUCCUUGUGAGUCGCCCUUCAUCGGAUGGUUUUCAGAUUCUUCACCCCACCCUUUCCCAGGCAUUAGCUGUUCUUUCUCAUAGCCCUGUAACUUUGGAGUGUGUGGUGACUGGGGUCCCGGCCUCUCAAGUGUACUGGCUGAAGGAGGGGCAAGAUGCUGUGCUGGGGAGCAACUGGAGGCGACUGUAUUCCCAUCUUGCCACAGCAAGCAUCGACCCAGCGGACUCUGGAAACUAUUCGUGUGUGGUGGGCAACAAGUCUGGAGACAUAAAACAUGUUACUUACAUGGUUAAUGUACUUGAGCAUGCUUCAAUUUCUAAAGGACUACAGGACCAAAGAGUGUCUCUAGGUGCCACAGUACAUUUUACCUGUGAUGUUCUUGGGAACCCAGUUCCUAACCGUACCUGGUUUCAUAACGCACAGCCUAUUCAUCCUUCCCCACGACAUCUAACCGGAGGAAAUGAACUGAAAAUUACUGGGGUUACCAUGGAAGAUUCUGGGCUGUAUCAGUGUGUAGCAGAUAAUAGGAUUGGAUUUAUGCAAUCCACUGGAAGACUUCAAAUUGAACAAAGCAAUGGAUUCAAGCCAGUUAUAAUCACAGCACCAACAAGUGCAAUGGUGUCAGAUGGAGACUUUGUUAUGUUGUCCUGCAAUGCCACUGGAGUGCCAGUCCCAGUCAUUCGCUGGUAUGAUAGUCGUGGUUUGAUAACCAGUCAUCCAUCUCAAGUCCUUAGGUCCAAAUCCCGAAAGUCACACUUAGUAAGACCUGGAGGCCUUGACCCAGAGCCUGUCUACUUCAUCAUGUCCCGAGCUGGCUCAAGCUCCCUCUCCAUCCAGGCUGUCACUCAAGAACGUGCAGGGAGAUACAUCUGUGAAGCGAUAAAUGAUUAUGGCACCACACGGUCAGAAGCGUUUCUCACAGUUGUUCCUUUUGAAACAAAUACAAAAGCAGAAACACUCACACCUGAUGCUAUUCAGAGUGAUGAAAGAGACCACAGAGACAGUUCAGAAUCUGGCUUGUUGAGCUCAUUUCCAGGGAAGGGGCAUCCCCGUGCAGUGGAGUCAUCAGAAAAAAAUCCCAGUGGCACCUCUGUCCCUGAUGCUCCCAUCAUCCUGAGCCCCCCACAGACCCACACAGCAGACACAUACCACCUGGUGUGGAGGGCAGGCAAGGACGGCGGAUUGCCCAUCAAUGCCUACUUUGUGAAAUAUCGAAAGCUGGAUGAUGGUGCUGGUGCAGUGGGGAGCUGGCACACGGUUCGAGUUCCUGGUAGUGAAAACGAGCUACAGUUAACAGAACUGGAGCCAUCCAGUCUUUAUGAGGUUUUGAUGGUGGCAAGAAGUGCUGCAGGUGAAGGACAGCCUGCCAUGCUUACCUUCCGAACCAGCAAAGAGAAAACAGCAUCGUCAAAAAACACCCAGGCAUCCUCUCCACCCCUGGGCAUCCCUAAGCAUCCUGUUGUUUCAGAGGCUACAAACUACAACUUUGGAGUGGUGCUUACAGAUUCCUCCAGACAUAGUGGAGUUCCGGAGGCUCCAGAUCGGCCUACUAUCUCCACUGCAUCAGAGACCUCAGUCUAUGUCACAUGGAUUCCCCGGGCAAAUGGUGGGUCUCCUAUCACAGCCUUCAAGGUCGAAUAUAAACGAAUGAGGACUGGUGAUUGGCUGGUGGCAGCUGAAGAUAUCCCUCCUUCCAAACUUUCUGUGGAAGUUCGCAAUUUAGAACCAGGUUCAAUAUACAAAUUCAGGGUCAUUGCUGUCAACCAUUAUGGGGAGAGUUUUCGGAGUUCAGCCUCUCGUCCUUACCAGGUGGCUGGAUUCCCCAAACGUUUUUCCAGCCGUCCCAUAACUGGACCUCACAUUGCAUAUACAGAGGCUGUUAGUGACACUCAGAUCAUGUUAAAGUGGACGUAUAUUCCAUCAAGUAACAAUAACACUCCCAUUCAAGGAUUUUAUAUCUACUACCGACCAACAGAUAGUGACAACGACAGUGAUUACAAGAGGGAUGUUGUUGAAGGGUCAAAGCAGUGGCACAUGAUUGGCCACUUGCAGCCAGAAACUUCAUAUGACAUUAAAAUGCAAUGCUUCAACGAAGGAGGAGAGAGCGAGUUUAGCAAUGUGAUGAUCUGUGAGACUAAAGUGAAACGUGUCCCUGGAGCUUCUGAGUAUCCUAUCAAAGACUUGAGCACCCCUCCAAAUUCUUCUGGAAAUGGAGGAAAUGUUGGGCCUGCAACUAGUCCUGCUAGAAGCAGUGACAUGUUGUAUCUCAUCGUUGGCUGUGUGCUUGGUGUCAUGGUCCUCAUUCUUAUGGUUUUCAUUGCAAUGUGCCUGUGGAAGAGUCGCCAACAGAAUGCCAUACAGAAAUAUGACCCACCGAGGUAUCUCUACCAAGGGUCAGAUAUCAAUGGACAGAUGGUGGAAUGUGCUACUCUCCCGGGAACCCAGAUCAAUGGAAGUGUUCAUGCAGGCUUCCUAGGCAACAGCAGCCUCAACAAUGGCUGUGCUCAUCUCCAUCACAAGGUCCCUAAUGGAGUCAAUGGCAUGGUCAAUGGGAGCUUAACUGGAGGGCUCUACCCUGCACACACCAACUCACUAACCAGGACGCAUGUGGAAUUUGAACAUCCUCAUCAUCUAGUAAAUGGUGGAGGAAUGUACACAGCAAUCCCUCAGAUCGACCCUCUGGAGUGUGUUAACUGUCGAAAUUGUCGGAACAACAAUAGGUGUUUCACCAAAACCAAUGGCACUUUCAGCAGCAGUUCCCUUCCUCUAGUCCCAGUGGUAGCACCUUGUCCUCAGGAUGGUUUGGAAAUGAAGCCCCUCGGUGCUAUGAAGAUUCCUGUGUGUCUGGCUUCCACAGUCCCUGAUUGUGGCCAGUUACCUGAGGAGAGGACCAAGGACAGUGUGGUACCAGUACCUACUCCACAUACCUGCUGUCAGGAUGACAUAAAUGACAUCAACUCUGACUGUUCAGAAGAUACCACAGAGUGCAGCAGAGGAGACAGCCUUGGCCAUUUAGAAAUGGAGAACAGAAGUUUAAAUUGGAAUCCUCUUAUUUUGCCACCUAUCUCAGAGGACUGUUCUGGGAAGAUGAUAGUGUGGUCUCCUCCUGGCAUUCCUUUAGACAGCUCGUCAGGGGUCCUUCAGCAGCCCCAGGAAACCUGAGGAUGUGCAAACACUAGUUAUUUUCCUACUUUAGCCAGUAGCUGCACAGAGCAGGCCUGGGAGUGAACUGUGUGAAGGACAUUAAUUCAAAUCAGAGAAAAUCAUUAUUUAUUUUUUUGUAGUUACUUCAUGUGAAUGUAUCUUAAAAUGUGUGCCCUCUUAUAUUAUUUAUGCCUUAAAAUUUCCCUUCCCUAUUCCUUCUUUCUCCCUCAGUAGGAAACAACCUUGUUUUGCAUGGUUUUCAAUCAUCUGGAGAAAAGAGGGAUCAUUCUAUGUUUUUGAAGACCUUUAGUGACAGUAAGGAUUCCUCUUGCCAUGGAUAUGAUCUGCUGUCUGACUCAGCCAGAAGGGAAUUGCACAAGCUGUUUGAAGUCACAUUCUCACAUGGAAAAUUGCCGUUCAAUGUUGUGACCAUUUUCAGAUCAACAGUUGUGACUUAAUACCUAUAAUAGCAGAUCAGGAUGAUGGAUUUUAUGGGGAUGCCUUCCACAAAAGUGCUAAUGUGACCUGCUGACUUUUUGUCUGCACAUGGGGAUGAGCAGUGUCCAGGUCCUAAUGAUAACCAGAGUUGUUGGGGGAAUGGAAGGUCUGGCUGGAUUACUGCAUUCUGCAGAAAGAGAUCCAAGGCCAAUGACAGAAUUAAUGUGUUAAUAUCUCACUACUUUAAUACUGCAUUAAUUUAUCAAAUGGUCUUCAUGGAGCUCCUUUUGAUUUAUCCUAAAAGUAGGAGCAAACAAAAAUCUGCAAAGUAGUGGCUUGAAGAGAAGGGUACACAUUUUAAGAAAAAAAUGUAGGGCUUUAGGACCCGGUUUUGGCAGAAACUCUUCAGGCUGUUGUUCUGUAGGAACAUGCUCACGGUGCCAUACCACCUGAGAAUAGUCCUUUACUCACUUCCAACAUGGGAACCCACCUAGAAGAUGUGAGUGGGUGCAUGUGAGUCACUUGUACUUGAGAAAAUUAACUUAUAAAGAGAACAGGUAUAUUUUGGCUCACAGUUUUACAGAUUUUAGUCCAUGCUCAACUGGCCUUGUUAGUUAGGCCUAUGACAAGCCAGUAGAUAAUGGUGAGAACACAUGGUGAAGCAAAAUGCUUAUAUCACAACUGAGGAGCAAUGAGAGAAAGAGGUUAGGAUCCCGCAGACCCCUUCAAGGCCAUGUCCCCAGUGACCCAAUGACCUCCCACUAAUUCCUACCACCUCCCAAAGGUGCCACCUGGGGGCCAAGCUUUUAACCUUCAGGGGACAUUCAAGAUCCAAACUAUAGCAGAGUGUCAGGAAAGACUUAAUUUGGAGGAAAAGGGGUUUUAGAGGGAAAUUUCCUGAUUUUUUUUCUAAAUGCAAUAAUUGUAAACAAGCACCUAAAUCUUUGGUCAGCAGAGCUUAUGCAUCACAGCCACUGCUGCCUCUGAGUAAUGACAUUGCAGCUGCCUUUGGAAGACUUUUCUGCUCCGUGUUAAACAAAAACCCCAAAACUGUUAAUGGAUUUCAUAGCAUGAGUCACUGUUCCUUCUUGGAUUGUGUGUCCCUUUGGGAAAGAAACAAAAAAUAUUCUCUUCAGGUAGAAUUAAGUUCCAACAUAAAUAAAUACAUUUAGUUUCCCAAAACUUGCAGUGGAAUAGAAUAAUAGAAUACUAUGUUAGUCAACUUUUCUGUAUAAUGCAUCAGUACUCCCUUACAUAUGCCUGUAACUUUUAUAAAUCAAACUGUUAGUGAAAAUGUGCUGUUCAGCUCAGUCACUAUGCGAGAGUUACUUCCAGUAGAGUGUAGGGAAUGUAAGGCCAUCACCAGCUACAGUAUUAUGUUGCUGUAAAAGCAAGUUCUACGUUCCAGAUGUCCAUGCCUGCAGUGUACUAGGCUUAUUCUUCAUAUUACUUAGAUGUGCUGAGCUUUGGAGGGGGAUGACUGCAUCCCUUACUUCAGCCCCUUUGUGACCAGCAAGGGACAAAGUCCUGAACACAAAAUAUGAAAAUACAUUCUGUUUCCCAAUCAAGUUACGGCAUUGCUGUCACACAGGGACUUUUAGAAAACUAGGGAGUAAAUGUCCACGGGCAGUCAGUUUGAUUCAUGAAACAGGUGUAUUUGCAUGAGCCUUAGGUCAGAAACUGCUUGUAAAUGUUGAGUUUGAACAUGGAAUUUAUCCAUGAGGAAGAGAAAAUGACUUUUACCUUUAGGGCAAUCUCAUCAUGGACUGCUUUAUUUAUAUUAUUAGUAACGCUGUUUUAAGUGUUAUUCUUUUUAAUUGUACUUUAUUUAUAAAAAUGCCUUUAUAUAUUGAGAUAUAUAAAUAUAAGUAUAUAUAUAAUAGCCUUUAUAUUUAGGAGUUAUCAGUUCUCCCUAGGCAUGAGAAGAUCUGAACUUUAUGCCCUGCAUGGUCACUAGAAACAAUCCUACCUAAUAGCACUUCCCCAGGAAGUAGGAGGACAUUGGACAGUGUGGGGGACAGCACUAACAGAUGUUGAGGAACCACUGUGUACCGGGCACUGUGCAUGGCGCUUGUUUACUGUGAUCUCAUUUAAUCCUCACAACAAAUCUACAAAGUAAGUGUGAAAACUCCCAGUUCAUACAAUGAGCCACAGAGCUCGAGUUGGAACCCAGUUUAUCUGGAGUCAUCUGCGCCCCUUCUAUUUUUCCAUACUGCUUUCCAGAAGCCUCGAGCAAGGUUCCCUCUGAUAGAACCAUCCUGCUCUUGCUCUGCUGUUCCUCUGGGGCUCUGGCUCUGCAGCUGGCAAGAGAAGCUACCCUCUGUCCCACCUGGGCAGAGUGCUUUGCUCAGUACUUUAGUCUUCCAGGAUGCACUGCUUUCCCCCCUUCAUGCCCCUCCACCCCACCACCUACCAGAGAAUUUGAUCUUCACUCAGCUCAGUGAUCAUGAAAUUGCCCGGGCCUCUUUGUGUUCCUUCUUGGCCUAGAAUUCCAUGUGAUUCUUUGUCAUCAAGCAUUAAAAUUCCCCCACUCCUUUUGUAUCAUUUCACCAUCUCCCUUUGCUAUUUUUCUUUCAUUUAUGCACUGAUGGGCUGGUAACAGGUGCUAUACCAGGUGCAAGUUAAAUUGCAAUGUUCUAAAUCUUUUGAAGCAGGCUUUUCCGAAAGCAUUGCUUGUUGGGUUUUGUUUUAUAGAGUGAAUGAGUCUCUGAAGACCAAGACCUUCAUAGCAGGCCGAUCAUGUCAUAUAUCUCAUUCCAGCUACAGUACUGCCAUGCAAUUCUGUUUAGAAUUGAACUUCACCUGUGUUGCUCUCUUUUAAAGCAGUGACUCAGAUGCAUGUUUUGUAUCAUACUAAAAAAUGUUUUAUUUUCCUUAAAGUUGUAAUAUUAUGUUUGAAAUUGUAUAUAUUUUAAAUGAUAUAGCUUGGACAGGUUUUAUUUUAUUGAUAAGAUUUUAUAUUAAAAGAGAAUGCUGCUUUCCAUAUAGACUACCCUGUGAACAUGGGAGUGCUCAGAUACUUGGUUUGUACAGAAUGGCCUUAUGCUUUGGGAUGGGAGUGGGUGUGAUAUCUUACUCUGAAGUUCUCCCCAUGAAAAUCUCCUGUGGAUACCCAAGAACCUGGUGCAUUAUCUCUUCCAUCCUGGCUGCAGCGAUCGAGGCCCUGAAGGAGCAGGAUCUUGGGCAAGUGCUUGAUGAGACAGAAAAUCCUGAGUCUAUGCGUUGUGUGGAGGCAGAGGGAACCUUGCAGGGUAACAGUAUUUCUUGGGAAGGAAGAAAGGAAGGCAGAAGAGAAGCAGGGCAAAGGGGAAGAGGCCCUCCUCACACACUUUUUACCGUGAACCCAGAGCCUCGUCUAGGAAUAUAAACUCGGGUAGAAAUUUAAACACCUCAAAAGAAGCUUUGUUUUACUGCUCUAAAAGAUGGAAGUUUCUAGGCUUCUCUGACCAGAAAGUCAAGAGAAUCUUUUGUAGCCCUUCUGUAUCUCAUUUCCCAUACUUAAAUAAGCCUUCCUUAAACCCUAGCUCCAGUUCUUAGAGCUUUGAGGGAAGCCGAAACCCUUUUUUCUAAUAAAGUCUAAAUCUGUGAGAACCAA